ACGCACAGUUUUUUUCACAAUUCCGUUGUAAAUAAACGAAUGACUGAGGCGCUGGCGAAAGUGCAAUUAGUACAAAAAUACAUAACACAACACGGUAACCUUUUACUCGACUGUGUAUCAAGCUGCCGUGGCUACGUUGAUGUCAUUCCCACCCGCCAGUUUGCUGCCAGCCACUGGAGUCAGACAGUCAGACAGCUUGUGGCCAAUGCCACAGGCUCGACCUGCCGAGGGAAGUGGACUGUCAAGAACCUCAAGAAGAGCUAGCAAGUUGGUCUCAUCAGACCUCUGUUGUCCCACACGAGUUGUUGGAAGUGGGAGAGCCAGUGGAUUUACCUGAAGCGAAAGUAGUCAUGUCUGAGUUAAAUAAAGAGGUGGUGGAUCUGGUAUGGGGGAGAUCCUUCAAUGGAGGAGUGUCUGCCUCAAUCUUCCGUAGAUGGACUCAAGGGUUUGUAUUCAGUGAGAAUGAGCACACAGCACUGGAGCAGUUUGAAGGAGGACCAUGUGCUGUCAUUGCACCUGUCCAGGCUUUCCUCUUAAAGAAUAUCAUCUUUAACAGAGAGUGUUCCAACUGGAGGCAGAUUUCGGAGGAGGAGCAGAAAACAACCAUGUGUUCCACACUGAGCGAAAUCCUGGAGUCUGCUUGUUCUAGCCCCUCCACAGGGUUCAGCCUGGUGACCUGGGCAAAGGGACAGAGCCCAUACACUAGCACAAAGACACAGCCACAGUCACAAACACAGGACGUGCCAGAGCCAGAGAGCAGCCAGAAGCCACAGGAGCAGCAACCCACUGCUCUGGCUGCAGAGCAUCUUGGCUUUGAGCGAUUCCACAGUGUUCUUCACAAGCGGAUCGUAAUAUCAGUGUCAGAUUUAAGAGAGGAGGUGCUGUCUCUCUACCACACCUGGAGGGGGUGCUGUGGAGUCUUGCUUUUCCUCUACUCAGUCAUCCUAACCAAGGGAAUAGAAAACAUACGGAAUGAGAUCCAGGACACAAUGGAGCCUCUCAUAGACCCUGUGCAUGGUCAUGGAAGCCAGAGCCUGGUUAAUCUCCUUGUAACUGGCCAUGCUGUCUCUAAUGUCUGGGAUGGAGACAGAGAGUGCUCUGGCAUGAAGCUACAUGGUAUUCAUAAACAGGCAUCGGUUGGCUUCCUCACGCUUAUGGAAUCACUACGCUACUGCAAGGUCGGGGCAUUCCUCAAGUCUCCAAAGUUCCCUAUUUGGAUCCUUGGCAGCGAAACGCACCUCUCUGUGUUUUUCACCAAGGAGAUGUCCUUGGUUGGCCCGGAGUCUCCAUCAGAACAGGCAAGGAGGGUCUUCCAGUCAUUUGAUCCUGAAGAUAAUGGCUUCAUUGCAGAGUCUCUGCUGGAGGAUGUGAUGAAAGCCCUUGACCUUGUCUCAGAGCCUGAGUAUGUCAGUCUGGUGAAGAGUAAACUGGAUCCUGAGAGUUUGGGCAUAAUUCUCCUGGGCCCAUUCCUGCUGGAGUUCUUCCCCAAUCAGGAUUCAGGAAUCCCAGACUCAUUUCCCGUCUACCACUACAAUGGACUUAAACAGUCUAACCACAACGAGAGGGUGGAGUAUGUGGAAGGGACAGCUCUGGUGCUAGGUUUUGAGGACCCCAUGGUUCGGACAGACGACACUCCCGUGAAGCGCUGCCUACAGACCAAGUGGCCCUACAUUGAGCUGCUGUGGACCACGGACCGUUCUCCAUCACUAAACUAGCACUGACACGGUCUGUGUGUGUGUCUUGUGUAUGAAGAUCGACACCCACUGCUUCACAAGCAUUCUUCUUCUGCUUCCUUUCUUCAUGCUGACCACGACCAGUCUCCAGGUCACACAGACUGAGAUGCAUACACACACACACACCUACAAGAAAAACACAAAUGAACAAACAUGAGACGAAGACAAACACUUUGCUGGACUGAACAUAACACGUCUGACAUCCACUCUUGCAUUCCCACUUGCAUUCCACACAAAUGUAAAUUCCACUGUACAGCUCGUGCUUGUUGUCUGUUCACCACAGCUUGUAAUUUGAUACACAGGAUGGAUGUUUCUGAGGUGAUUAUUUAAAGAAACGGAAUGACUGUUUAUUUUUACAGCUCUGCUGUGUGCAAACACCUCUGCUGCAGUUCAGCCAAUAUUUAGACACUAUGUAGAGAGCAGUCACGUUUGGUUUAAAGACUAAAGUGUGUCACUAAAUCAUACACAUGUACAGCCAGUCGACUGUGAAACACUACUGUUAAUCCAGCUAUAGGACUGUUUGAAGGGAAACCUACCAAAGCCUUCCACAUAUGAGAACACAUGCACACACAGACACACACUUUUCACACCUACUGAUUUGUGUUUACAGUAUAAAAAAAAAAGGGACCAACCCAGAUGCAGAGAACAAGACAUGAUCGGUAUUCUUCUGUGUUUUCACCAAGAUGAAGGUGCUUAUGUGGGUGUGCGUGUGUGUGCAUGCUUCACAUGCCACUCUACGAUGUUGGCCAAAUGUUUAUUUAUUAUUAUUUCACAUUAAGGCUGUAGUAAUUAAGGCUGAAUAAACACUUUUUUGUUCCCAUGCAGUGUGGCUGGUAGCCUUGAAAUCAUA